UCGCGAGCUGCGCGUCCAGUGCUGCUCGCUUUGCUCGCGCUGGGGCUGGCGCCGAACGGCCCUAACGGCCCUAACGGCCGGUAACACAGCGGCUGUGGCGGGGCCGCCUCAGGGGCAGCGGGGAGCCCGGCGGGGAAUGCCGCAGGGGCCGGCGAUGUCAUCUUACUUGUAAAAACAUUAUGACACACAGCAGCAUCAUGGUGGAUGUAAGCAAGUGGCCAAUAUUUACCUUACUGUCACCUCAAGAAAUAGCAUCUAUUCGGAAAGCGUGUGUGUUUGGUACAUCAGCCAAUGAAGCUAUAUAUGUAACGCACAAUGAUGAGGUAUUUGUUUUUGGACUAAAUUGCAGUAAUUGUUUGGGAACUGGAGAUAAUCAGAGCACAAUAGUACCAAAGAAAUUAGAAGCCUUAUGUGGAAAGAAGAUUUCCAGUCUCAGUUAUGGAAGUGGACCCCAUGUUGUACUUUGCACUGAAGAUGGUGAAGUAUAUGCUUGGGGACAUAAUGGUUACAGCCAACUUGGGAAUGGCACAACUAAUCAGGGCAUUACUCCUGUUCAAGUCUGCACAAAUCUGUUAGUAAAGAAAGUGGUGGAAGUAGCUUGUGGCUCUCAUCAUUCCAUGGCUCUGUCAUUUGAUGGGGAUCUGUAUGCUUGGGGCUAUAAUAACUGUGGUCAAGUUGGAUCUGGAUCUACAGCAAACCAGCCAACUCCUCGUAGAGUUUCAAACUGUUUACAGGGUAAAGUGGUAGUUGGCAUUGCUUGUGGUCAGACCUCCUCCAUGGCUGUAGUAAACAAUGGCGAGGUGUAUGGCUGGGGUUACAAUGGUAAUGGUCAGCUAGGUCUUGGAAACAAUGGCAAUCAACUAACACCAUGCAGAGUGGCAGCGUUACAUGGUGUGUGUGUACUCCAGAUUGCCUGUGGCUAUGCGCACACACUAGCACUAACAGAUGAGGGCUUGCUCUAUGCCUGGGGAGCUAACACUUAUGGGCAGCUGGGAACUGGCAAUAAAAGUAACCAGCUAAGCCCGGUGCAGAUCAUGAUGGAAAAAGAAAGGGUUGUGGAGAUUGCUGCCUGCCACUCUGCUCACACAUCCGCUGCCAAGACCCAGAGUGGCCAAGUGUACAUGUGGGGCCAGUGCCGUGGGCAGUCUGUGAUCCUUCCACACCUCACGCACUUCGCCUGCACUGAUGACGUGUUUGCUUGCUUUGCUACCCCGGCCGUUAUGUGGCGUCUUCUAUCAGUAGAGCAUGAGGACUUUUUAACAGUAGCAGAGUCUCUGAAGAAAGAGUUUGACAGCCCAGAAACCUCAGACCUAAAGUUCCGUGUGGAUGGAAAGUACAUCCAUGUCCACAAAGCUGUUCUGAAAAUCAGGUGUGAACACUUCAGAACCAUGUUCCAGUCAUACUGGAAUGAGGAUAUGAAGGAAGUGAUAGAAAUAGACCAGUUUUCUUAUCCUGUGUAUCGUGCCUUUCUUGAGUACUUGUAUACAGACAGUGUGGACCUUCCGCCUGAAGAUGCAAUAGGGCUUUUGGAUUUGGCUACUUCGUACUGUGAAAAUAGACUGAAAAAACUGUGUCAGCAUAUUAUCAAGAGAGGAAUUACUGUGGAAAAUGCGUUUUCAUUGCUCUCUGCUGCUGUCAGAUAUGAUGCAGAGGACUUAGAGGAAUUCUGCUUUAAGUUUUGUGUCAAUCAUUUGACAGAAGUGACACAAACCACAGCAUUUUGGCAAAUGGAUGGUCCUCUGCUAAAGGAAUUCAUUGCUAAAGCCAGUAAAUGUGGAGCCUUUAAGAACUGAAAUGAGGCUGUUAAGUUAUGGGUGUUUGCAGGGAUUUUCUGCAGUUAUAACAGGAUGUUGUAACUGUACAGGUAAGAGUGUUGUGUAGUCUCUUAUAUCAGAAGACAUAAAAGGCCACAGUGGAAACAAGUUUUCCAUGGUCAAGAGUGAACUGUUAUAAAAUGUCAAGCAAAAUAUUCACUUGCAUUUAGCAAACCUGGAUAGUGGAACCAGUUCCAAGAUUUCAGCUGGAGAGGAUGCACGGUGGUGUGCAGAAGCUACCAGCCAGUGUUGAGGAUGCCUCUUUAGCCUGGGAAAUCAGAGUUCUAGCACUGCCUCUCAAGACUUUUCGAUUUCUUUGGGGGAUGGAGAAUAGUCUGACUGUCACUUAAAUAAUUAACUCCCCAGGAUUAUAGAGAAGCAAAUGGCAUGGAAAUCUUGUACUGCAUAUGCAUGAUUGUGAAUGACUUUGCCAUUUGCUGUGUGUAAUUAACCAAGCAUCUGGUGCUUAGAAAAGUGUGCACAAAUAAUCCAUCUGCAAAGCCUAGGCGAGUGACUUUGAAGAAAGGGGUAACUAGCAAAUCUAAGCAGAAGUCAGUCUCUGUAUUUGAGUAUACCUUAAUAUAAACUGCAAUGUAUACUUCACAUAAUCUGUGCAAGCAAUAUUUAUAAUGGCUAAUGGAAAAAAUUUCCUCUUGAGUGACUCCAGAUUGCAUCAGUUCCCUUGCAGGGGAAGGGAUACACUGUUCUGAAAGUGGGGGUUUGCAUUUAAGUGUUGUCUAAAUGUAAACUACAUGUAAUAAAAUUAACUUUUUUUA